GAGCAGAGUGACCAGCAGACUCUGCCGAAAGGACCUGCUCACAAUGAAGUUCCUUGUGCUGAUGGUGGUCUUGCAGGUGUCUGUCUCUGGGGCCAUUCCCGUGAAUGAAACAAAAUUUGCUGAGGAGUACUUGACGAGAUAUUACAGCUUUCAAGAGGACAGAAUUCUGAAGACAAAAUCCAAAACCAAUGGAAACACUCUAGAAGAAAAAAUCCAGGAAAUGCAGCAGUUCUUUGGGCUGGAAGCGACUGGGCAACUGGACAGCCCGACUCUGGUGAUAAUGCACACACCUCGAUGUGGCGUGCCUGAUGUACAGUAUCGUAUGGCAGUGCCAGGGAGGUCACGAUGGAUGAAGCGUCACCUCACCUACAGGAUCUAUAAUUACACACCUGACAUGAAGCGUGAGGAUGUGGACAACAUAUUUCAGAAAGCUUUUCAAGUCUGGAGUGAUGUGACCCCUCUGAGAUUCAGGAAGAUUUAUUCAGGCGAGGCUGACAUCAUGAUACGCUUUGCAUUCGGAGCUCAUGGAGACCCCAAUCCUUUUGAUGGCAGAGGUGGUACAAUAGCCCAUGCUUUUUACCCUGGACCUGGUAUCCAAGGAGAUGCACAUUUUGAUGAGGCAGAAAUCUGGAGUAAAAGUUCUCAAGACACAAACCUGUUCCUUGUCGCUGUUCAUGAGCUUGGCCAUUCCUUGGGGCUGCAGCAUUCCAACAAUCCAGAAGCAAUAAUGUACCCCAGCUAUGGUUUCCUUGACCCCAACACAUUCCGCCUCUCUGCUGAUGACAUACGUAGCAUUCAGUCCCUCUAUGGACCCCCAGUGAAAAAACCAUCCUUGGCAAAUCCUAGCAGUCCACCAUCAACUGUCUGUCAGCAAAGCUUGAGGUUUGAUGCUGUCACAACAAUGGGAGAUAAAAUCCUUUUCUUUAAAGAUCGGUUCCUCUGGUGGAAACUUCCUUGGAGUCAAGCCACCAACGUCACUACAAUCUCUUCCAUGUGGCCAACCAUCCCAUCUGGUAUUCAAGCUGCUUGUGAGACUGAAGGCAGAAAUCAACUCUUUCUUUUUAAAGAUGACAAGUACUGGUUAAUAAACAACUUAGUACCAGAGCCACACUACCCCAGGAGCAUAUACUCUCUGGGCUUCCCCAAGUCUGUGAAGAAGGUCGAUGCAGCUGUCUUUGAUCCGUUUCUCCGAAAGGUCUACUUCUUUGUGGAUAAACAAUGCUGGAGGUAUGAUGUGAGGCGACAGUCCAUGGACCCUACUUACCCCAAACCUAUUUCUGCACACUUCCCAGGAAUUGGGCCUAAAAUUGAUGCGGUGUUCUAUUUCACAAGACGCUAUUACAUCUUCCAAGGAGCCAAUCAACUGGAAUACAACCCCCUACUGCGUCGGGUCACCAAAAAGCUGGAAAGUACAAGCUGGUUUGAUUGUUAGGAAUGAUGCAGUUAAGAGUGUUGGCCAGUUCUUCAGUUUAAUAAGUACUUAGCACAUGUUCACCGUGUGCUCAAGGUGUAACUGCAUGGCGGAUGUAACAUGAAAUAAGGUGAGGUGUACAGGCCACAGCUAAAUAUUUACACAGAAAAAUGCUUUCUACAAAGUUUAACCUCUUUUGGUACAUUUUUCACUUGAUUCAAUUCUUAAUUUUGAAAUUAGCUAUCUCCAAAGGCAGCCAGGUUUGUCUGUAGGUGUUUUCUAACAACCACAAGUGGGAAAUUAGAAUUACUUCCUUGUCUUUACUGAAAUUUAAUAUGUAUUAUUUUGUCAAAUAAAUUUAAAG